GUGAGUAAUUUAUGUUCUUUACAUGUUUCAGAAGUAUUGUUAGUAACUUUAACAGUAUCUUCGUGUAUAUUUGUGAGCUGCACUGAUUUAGUAACUUUACAUGUUGUGUUCAUUCUCAUGAGAUAGCUAGCAGCAGUAUGUGUAUCUGCUACUCACAUCACGAGAAUGCUGUUGCUGUUUGUGCUUAGACUUACUGAAUGUGAAUGUUUAAUUCAUAUACUAAUGGAAGAUGUUUAUACUCCAUACUGAUUUGACAUUGCAGUCUGUUUAGUAUGUUUUGUAAUUCUUUUUCUAGUUUCACUCCAUUUUCAUUGUGUCACCCGACUUGACCUGUUAAGAAGUCAUUAAAGGAGCAAGCACGCUCACUUCCUGGCUCUUGAAAAGAAGUUUGGCUGGCUGUUUAUUCAUGUUUGCACUUUGGAAGUAAAACACAUGAAGAGAACAGUACAGUGAAAAGCCAGUGAAUCAGAAGGAUUCAUCUGCCACAGUUAUGGAAGCACAUGCAAUAAAAGGGAGGAGAAAGCGGCAUCAGUGUUCAGUUCCAACUCCAAAGCCACUUCCAAGUCUUCAGUAGUUAGUGCUGCUGCUAGAGCUAGAGCUAAAGCCGAAGCUGCACGCACCAGAGCCACAUUCGCUCAAAAGGAGUUAGAACUGAAAAGACAGAGAGCUAGAUUGGAUUUGGAAAAGGCUACACUAGAAGCAGAGUUAGAAGCUCUAGGACUGGAAAAGGCAGCUGCUGCUGCUAUUGUAGAGGCUGAAGUUUUAGAAGCUGCAGCAGGACCAGAAUAUGAGGAUAGGUGCAGCGCCAGGAGUCGCAUCUCAUCGCAGAUAACAUGUCAGCGUACAAAGGCAUAUGUGGAACAUCAGGCUCAAGCCAGCUUUGAAACUGCAUCGUCUGUGGAUAUAACUCCUCAUUGUUUUAAAGAAGCGUCGCCACCAAGACAGCAGGAAGCUCCUGAAUUAACUCCUGCACACAACUGUGAUGCCACGCCUACAAGGAACACACAGCAAAGUGAGUACUUAUCAGCACCUUAGCCUCAGACAAGCCUGUUUAAGCGCUCCUACCUGCACUCUCAGCAUCUCAGCUCGCAACCUCAGAACCCCCAGUCCUCCUUUAAAACCUAUCAGGAGCAGAGCUCUCCCUUAUUCAGUCAUGCUAGCCAAUCAAACCACUUCAUAUAGAGCAACCCACAGCAUUCUUCUUCUGCUCCAGCCGCUAACAUGAUAGACUUCGCUAGGUACCUCGCCCGCAGAGAGUUGGUAACCACGGGGCUCUCUCGCCUGAGAGCUACAGAGCAUGGGAGUCCUCUUUCCUUAACGCCAUUCAGGGCUUAGAGUUAACAGCCAGUGAAUAGCUGGACCUCCUGGUAAAAUGGCUGGGAAAGGAGUCAUCUGAACAUGUUAAAAGAAUAUGUGCUGUCCACAUCACCAAUCCUCACGCUGCUCUCGAAUUAGCCUGGACAAGACUCCAACAAUGCUAUGCUACCCCUGAAGUGAUUGAGAAUGCUUUAUUCAAACGAUUGGACAAUUUUCCUCGGCUAACCUCCAAAGAUAACAUCAAGCUAAGAGAACUUAGCGAUCUGCUCUUGGAACUAUUCUCAGCCAAGCAGGAUGGCUAUCUACCAGGACUGAGCUACCUUGACACUCCUUGAGGGAUUAAGCCAAUCGUGGAAAAGCUGCCACCAAACUUACAGGAAAAAUGGCUGUAUGCUGGCUCAAACUACAAAGAACGGUACAGAGUGUGUUUCCCUCCUUUCUCGUUUUUUGUUGACUUUGUCAGAUGUCAGGCAAAGGCCAGAAAUGACCCCAGCUUUGUGUUGGUGAGCAGUAACCGCAGCCAUGACCAUAGUGAAAGAUCCACAACCAAGCAUGAUAGUUCUAGGACAGCUGUGUUUGUGCAUAGAACAGAUGUCUCAACAACAGAUUCAAGCUUGUUACACAAAACAUCUACUGACAAGAAAGGUAGUGAUGACCCAACCAAGUACUGUCCAGUGCACAAUAAGCCACAUCCUCUGGAAAAAUGUAGAGCUUUUAGAAUGAAGCUGCUAAUGGAAUGCAAAAGGCUGCUAAAAGAAUACAGACGUUGUUUCAAGUGCUGUUCUGGUACUCAUGUGGCUAGAGAAUGUCCGGCAGAGCUGAAAUGCAAUGAGUGUGAAAGCAAUCAACAUUGCACUGUCAUGCACCCAGACACUGCUGUCUCCCCUGCACCAUCUCCUCUGACAGAAUCAGACGUAGAACAACAAAACAGCUCUCCUCCAGAAGUGACCUCCAGGUGCACCAAGGUCUGCGGCGAAGGUCGCCCACCAAGGUCCUGCGCCAAGAUAUGUUUAGUCCAGGUUUUUCCCCAAGGACAGCGAGAACGCUCAAUCAAGAUGUAUGCCAUCCUCGACGACCAGAGCAAUCGAUCACUGGCCAGGUCUGAGUUUUUUAAGCUGUUUGACAUCCAAGGGGACCAUACACCUUACCUGAUGAGGACCUGUGCUGGAACCACGGAAAUGACUGGGAGAAAGGCUGUUGGUUUUCAGAUCGAAGCAUUGAAUGGUGAAGUGUGUUUGGACUUGCCUCCGCUCAUUGAAUGUAAUGAAGUUACGAGCAACAGAUCGGAAAUCCCUUCUCCAGAGAUCGCUCACUCCCAUGCUCACUUGAGAUCCAUGGCACCUCACAUCCCAAAGAUCGAUCUUAAAGCACAGAUCUUAAUCCUACUGGGGAGAGACCUCAUACAAGUUCACAAGGUGAGAGAUCAAAUCAAAGGACCUCACAACGCUCCCUUUGCCCAGCGUUUGGAUUUAGGAUGGGUUAUAGUAGGGGAGGUUUACAUCGAUAGUACAUACAAGUCCACUGUAUCAGUCCUUAAAACCAAUGUCCUACAGAAUGGACGCCCAUCUUUUCUGAUGCCCUGCCAGAAUCACAUCAGUGUGAGAGAGAGAGUAGGCUACGGCGGGGAGCACAGACAGUCUACCUCCGCACAGCUGACAACAUAUCCUGCGUCUGGUGUUACUGCAAAAGAUAAACUCGGACGAGAUGUGUUCGCGAAAACGGAAGAUGAUAACAAACCUGCCUUGUCCUUCGAAGAUGAGACCUUUCUGGAGAUCAUGGAAGCAGAGUUCAAGAGAGAUGAGCAAAACAGUUGGAUCGCUCCUCUACCAUUCAGAACACCCAGACCACGCCUUCCAAACAACCGUGCUCAAGCUCUCUCCCGUCUUCAUUCAUUGCAACGCACAUUGAACAAAAAUCCUACAAAUCAGAAUCCAGCUGAUUUAGCCACCAGAUCUGUACCUGCGUCACGGCUCACAGACACUAUGUGGUUUACAGGGCCAGAAUUCCUUCACAAACCACACCAACCAGAAACACCCAGAUCCUUUGAGCUGGUGGAUCCUGAGGAAGACGUGGAUGUGAGGCCUCAGCCGACCACUCUUGCUACUUCGCUCAGAGAAAGUGAACUCACCUCAGAACAAUUCCAACGGUUCUCGACCUGGGAGUCCUUGCUGAGAGCAGUUUCCUUCUUGAUCCAUCAGAUUCGCUCACACAGGACAAACUCAACAGUUACGUGUAAAGGAUGGCAUCAGUGCAACCAACCUCGCACUCCAGAAGAGUUAGAAGCGGCAAAGAUCGUCAUAAUCAAAGCUGCCCAGAGAGAUGCUUAUCCAGAAGAGUGUGUCGCACUACUAGAAAACAGGGCUAUACCAAAAUCCAGCACAAUUCUGAAUCUCGACCCUUUCGUGUGUGAUGGUCUCCUGCGAAUAGGAGGACGUCUGAGACAUGCUUCAGUCAAUCCAGAGGUCAAAAACCCAAUCAUUCUCCCGAAACAAAGUCACGUCACAAGAUUGCUUGUGAGCCAUCGCCAUGCGAAGGUGAAACACCAAGGACGGCAGUUCACAGAGGGAGCAAUCAGGUCUGUUGGUCUGUGGAUUGUUGCUGGCAAAAGAUUAAUAGGCUCAGUUCUUCAUCGCUGUGGUGAACUCUAGGUCACAUCCUACCUGUGGGGCAAGCUCAGAGGAAAACUUGAGACACAAAAGAUGGCUGACCUCCCUUCAGAACGUCUGAGCUCAUCUCCACCAUUCACGUAUGCAGGGUUAGAUGUUUUUGGACCCUGGAAUGUGAUCAGUCGACGCACAAGAGGCGGAAUGGCUCAAAGUAAGCGAUGGGGUAUACUUUUUACAUGUAUGAGCACCAGGGCUGUACAUGUGGAAGUUAUAGAGUCCAUGGAUACUGCCAGUUGUAUCAAUGCCCUGCGAAGGUUCUUCGCCUUAAGAGGGCCAGCUAAGCAGCUGAGAUCGGACAGAGGCGCGAACUUUGUAGGAGCCAGCUCUGAGCUGUGUAUGAAACGAGCUGAUCCAGGUCAAGCCUCCACUCUUAAGUUCCUCCACGAGAAUGGUUGUACCUGGGAAUUCAAUCCCCCACACGCAUCCCACAUGGGAGGAGUCUGGGAGCGCAUGAUCGGCAUAACCCGAAGAAUUCUUGACUCCAUGUUGCUGUAAACCAGACAUAUUCACCUGACCCAUGAAGUGCUUUGCACUCUCUUGGCAGAGGUAUCUGCUAUCAUCAACGCAAGGCCUUUGAUCCCUGUCUCUUCUGAUCCCACUUCUCCAAUGAUGUUGACCCCUGCUAUGCUCUUGACCCAAAAACCGGGGAUAACUGCUCCACCUGGAGGCUUCAAUGAAAAGGAUCUCUUCAAGUGUCAGUGGAAACAAGUGCAAGCAUUGGCAAACGAAUUCUGGUUUCGAUGGAGGGAUGAAUAUCUCCACACCCUUCAGCCAAGACGCAAAUGGCACACACACCACGUCGAAACCUGCAGGUUGGAGACCUAGUGCUGCUGAAGCAGAGCCAGACACAUCGCAACGAGUGGCCAAUGGGGUCGUCUCCACCUUCCCAAGCAGUGAUGGACAGGUCCGCAAAAUUGAAGUCAGGACGUCGCAAGACAAAAUAAAGACUUUCUUGAGGCCUAUCUCUGAUGUUGUCUUGCUCCUGGCAAAAGAAAAUCAAAGCUAAAGUACAGAUGCUUUAGUGGCAUUAGUGCCAGAUGGGGAGUGUUCUGCCUCAAGUGUGUUUAAUAUGUUAAGAAGAUCGAUUUUAUUAGAAAAGAUCUGUUUGUGUUGUUAAUUUUGAGAGUGCAUUGCUGAGCUUUUAUUUUGAAACUACAGAAUACAGGAAGUAGGAAGCGCUGAGCAAAAGGUAAAAAAAAAAAAGGCAUGUCAACAGUUGAAAGAUAGCACGUUGAAAUCAGCUUAUUCUUGUGCAUGAAUCCGUCAGAAAGCAAUGGCUUUUUACCUGAGGACUGGCAUAGGCGAAAGAGAAGCGGUAUGGGAACGACAAGUGUUUUAACAUACAUCGAGGCCACUGCUGUUCCAAGUUGGCUGAGAGAGGUGAAAUCUGUGGUAUGUUCGGAGAGCAAUGCUGCGCAGUGAAGGCCAACACACAGCUACGGAGUCAUGCCACCGAGGGGCUUCGAACCCUGAACGGCUCAUUCUGGUAUUAACACCUCCGUGUGAGAGACCUGGAGGAAUGCCUUUGGAAGAUGCAAAGCCCUAUUGUCCUCAAAUUUGGUAUCAAUCGCUGUUUUUCAACAAUUUUGACCUUGUGUGGAUGUUGUUGGAUUCCUUGUCUGCGUGCUCUCAUUGUGCUACUUAUUAACAUUGUUAUAUUUCAUUGUGAAACUUAUUAACAUUGUCAUAUCACCAACGAAUGAACAGGUGGGUGAGAUGUAUCCUUUAAUGAUGAAGAAUGACAGUGAUGACUUGUUUCCUGAUUAUUAGUUAAAAAAAUGAAAAUUCUCUGAAAGUGCGUGUAUUUUUUUCGUUAGAAGUUGCUAGUUGAUAUAAGAAUUUGUGCAAACACAUAAUAAACAGAAGGGAAAUGUUAUAAUUAUCGUUAAUAUAUUAACUAUGGACUUGCAACAAAGCCAAAGUAUCAUCCUUGUUUUGAAGAUUUCUUGCACACUGGGAUGCAGCCACACAAAAUGUCAUCCUUGCUUGAAGAGUCUUAUUCACAGGACGAGCACCCACACACAGGUCACGGAGCGGACGGCCACAGCAGUAGGUCUUGCAGGAAAGGGCGACACGUGGUUCCACCAUGUCGUCUACAGAUCCGCCUCAGGCUCAGCAAUCCCUCCACCUGACGACAACCGGAAAACCACGUCUUCUCCAGUGCCGGGUGGCACCCAUUGAUGACAUCAUUCGACGAGGAAGCUGACUGCGUCCCAGUUCGACUAAUCCCAGAGGAAAAGGCCCCAUUCCCGAUGCUCUACCCACUCCGGACGAUGACGCCGCUGGCACAUUUCUUGAACUUUGUUCAUUUCGGGUGUCGAACCCCCGCGACUCGACCCGGAAAAGCGGUUGAUAAUGCAUGGAUGGAUGGAACUCUAAAGAGUCUGAAAGGGGGGGUUGAAAUGUGUUUUACGCCCAUAUUUAGUCAUGACUGCAUAAUUUCCUCAUGUCACGCCACUGAUGUUUUAUUUGUUAAGACGAUCGACUUCAGUAGGCUGGAAUGGGUGGACUGUCGCUUUAAAUAUUACUGGCGCAGGGGAUCCUGGGUAAUAUCUAUUUCCUUUUCUUUAUCUUCUCGCUUUACGGUAGGAGAUUCGAUCGGCUUGAGUAAAUCUGGGACCGAAGGUUGUAAAUCCUCGACGCGGUACGCCGUUAAUCACUACUUUAAUGGACUAAAACAGUUGAAGUCGUUUCGUGCACGUUGGAGCUUCUUGGCCAACCUUGUCUUAGCUUAGCUUGUCAACAACGAGAAGCGUUUGUAAUCACCACUUCCCUCAGCAGAAAUCAAGCCUGAAAUAAAGUCUACUUUCCUCCACCAACUCGUUCUUACUAGCCAGUAAGAAUGGACAAAAAUGGGACUUAAGUGUGCUUAGGAAAACACACCAACUACAUCCUAUCGGCUUUAUCCGGGAGUAAAAUAAUAUCAAUUUUCUGAGUCGUUGAUAUUAUUAUUAUUAUCGUAACCUGCAUUCCGACUACGGCGGCGCAUUGGACGACUGGUUAGGACACAAUUCUGAGGACAGGGGUUCAAAUCCCUUCCACGCCAGUGCAGAGUUGGCAUGUUUUCUUCGUGCCUGUGUUUGCUUUCUCCGAAAAACUAGGUUGAACACGAUA